AUGAAAAGAUUACUCCGGCUGACAACUGAUAACAUUCGACAACGACGACGACAAUAUAGCAUAUCGUCUACUGUUGACCAUAGACGUAUGACAGAAUUACUGAAAAAAGAAUAUGAAAUAAAGAAGUUUAAGCACGCCUAUACUAUGGGAAAAGAGGAAAGUACAUUACUUUCAAAGAAUGUGAACAUGAUGGCCGAUGAGGAAUUCAAGACAUUAGAAGGACUGGGUUAUACUUCACCAGACAAAGUGUUUAUCAACAAUGAACUGAACUUGCAGAAUAUUGAAGUCUAUGGUUUUGACUAUGAUUACACACUAGCAAAUUAUACGGAAAACUUAUCUGUUGCUAUUUACAAAUUUCUUUGCGAGAUACUAGUUGAUGUGUUCAAAUACCCAAAGCAGAUCAAAGAUUUUAAAUUUGAUCCAGACUUUGCCAUUCGAGGACUGCAUUAUGAUUUUAACAAUGGUUGGUUGAUGAAGAUUGAUAAUAUGGCAAAUAUUCAAUUGAAUACCGUCCAUGUUGGAAGAGAACCUAUCACGGAUGUGAAUGAAGUCAUAGAAUACCAUAAAGGAAGGCAUAUACCGCCCGAGUACUUGAACAAUAGCAUGUUUCAGCUCAGUGAUUUAUUUUCCAUACCACAGACAACGUUACUUAGCGAUAUAAUCCAGUACUUUAGAGAUCAUAACAUGAGUUUUCAUCCACGCUACCUAUCCGAUGACGUGAACCAUGCUGCUCGUAUACUUCAUACAGGCGCACAUGGUAUUGGAGGUACGCUUCAUAUGGAAGUGAUGAAAGAUAUCUCCAAGUAUUUGGAACGCGCACCUAAACUUGUUGGAUAUCUUGAAACAUUAAAGAAGAAUGGUAUGGGUUAUCUCACUUCCAGUGACGAUUGGCGAGACCUGUUUGACUGCGUUAUUGUAAAUGCUCGAAAACCAGAAUUCUAUCGUUCUUACCGUCCGUUCAGAAUCGCUCAUGAACCCAACUGGGACGCAGUCAUGCGAUUUGAACCUGGACAGAUAUAUCAAGGAGGUAACAUUAAAGACUUUGAGAGACUGACUGGAUGGAAAGGACAACGAGUGCUCUAUUUUGGUGACCAUAUCUAUUCUGAUCUAGUAGAUGCAUCCAUUCAACAUGGUUGGCAUACAGGCGCUAUUAUUCAUGAAUUAGCCAAAGAGAUAGAAAUUCGUAAUCAACCAUGCUACCGACACAAGCUAUCUUGGCUGCUAAAUCUUGAGCGAUUACUGAAUGAGGCCCAAUCAUGGAGCAAGGAUCAUUGUACAGAUGAGUUAAACAAGCUAUUGUCAGAGUGGAGAUCAGAACGAAACGAAGUUCGUAUUCAGUUAAAAUCAGCCUUUAAUGAACACUUUGGAAGCAUGUUUAGAACAUAUCAGAAUCCAUCCUUUUUUGCAAACAAGAUUCAGAAGUUUGCAGACAUUUACAUGUCCAACAUUACCAAUUUGGAUAACCUUUCCUUAGAUUAUGUAUUUUAUCCCAACAGAACUUAUUUACCACAUGAAAGGCUAGUAGAAGAAAUUGUGGAUAGUGGUCAGAUCAAGCAUAUUUCUGAAUAG